AUGGAAGCGAUGGAUAUCCAGGCGGUAGAAUCUAAACUGAGUGAUGUCACUGUGACGGCGAUACCUAUGAGUGGGAAGAAUCCACACAAAGAGCUCAAUCAUGGGAGUAACAGUCAGGCCACUAUAUCAACGGUACCUGCAACAUCACCUUCGUCUAUCGGGAAGGAUAAAGAUAAUGGAAUGUCAAAGUAUGCUCAGUUGCUAGCAGUCAUUGAGGAAAUGGGUAAGGAAGUGAGGCCCAGCUACUCAGGUAGUCGUAGUUCUGCUGAACGCCUCAAACGGGGGAUUAUUCAUGCUCGCAUUCUUGUGAGAGAAUGCCUUAUUGAAACAGAAAGGUCUGCUAGGCAGUAA